GACAUAAAAUAAAUUUUAAGGAUAAUCUUACUAAGUUGUGAACCAUUAAUUACAAUCUAACUACAAUAUAACUUUUUAUUUUCAAAUUCAGUUAACAAAAACAUGUCAAAAAAAUAUGCCUCUGCUAAGCUUUGAACCAUGUACCUUGAAUAACCAUGUACCUUGAAUUGAAAAGACGAUCAUAGAAGCCAACUAGUCCACGCAAUUUUUUUGUUACAAUUCGAACUUAUUCUUACUUGGUUCAACUGAAAGGCGGAGAGACCAGCAAAGUAAAACGAAUCCCUAAUACCCUAACCUCUCGUGUCUCGUCUAUCAUCCAAUAUUCUCACUCUCGUUUCUUGCCGACCUGCGCGGCUGCGCCGAGAAGAGGACGACACUCACCUACACCUGCCGCUAGAUCGUCUCCGCCGUCGAUCCUCACCUGCGCCGAGUAGAAGCCCCUCACCUACAGUCCUACGCCGCCGCCGCUGCUGCCGCUAGAUCGUCUCCGCCGUCGAUCCUCACCUGCGCCGAGUAGAAGCCCCUCACAUACAGUCCUACGCCGCCGCCGCUGCUGCCGCUAGAUCGUCUCCGCCGUCGAUCCUCACCUGCGCUGAGUAGAAGCCCCUCACCUACAGUCCUACGCCGCCGCCGCUGCUGCCGCUAGAUCGUCUCCGCCGUCGAUCCUCACCUGCGCCGAGUAGAAGCCCCUCACAUUUACAGGUAACAUCGUCCAAACUAUCAAUCUUUUUGUUUAAUGUUUUGUUCGACUAAUGAGUAAUAGACAUAGAACUAGACGCAAAGGGAAAUGGACGCAAAUUAAUGGUUAUUAAUGUUUUGGCAAUUGCAAAUAACUCAGAAAUGGACGCAAAGGGAAGCAUCUUGGUUUAUUAUUCUCUGUUGUGUUUCACUGGUUAUUAAUUCUGGCUCUGUCUUGUUGCGGUGGAAUGAAUGCUAGCAUUGUAGAAUCUCUUUUUAUGAAUUCCAAUCUGAGUGUUAGCAACAAGAAAAAACACCAGUUUGGGCACAGCCAUGGAAUGAGAUUUUCUUGAUUUCUUAUCUUUUUUUGUCUGUGUGCUAAACAAAUCGAAACCCUCACAUAUGUAGAAGGAUUAGACUAGUCAUGUCAUUUCAAUGGUCACGUGUAUUUGACUUGAUGUUUGUAAAGGCUGGAUGGAUAUAUGUUUCUUGUUCUGAUGAUUUUGAAGAACCUGUUUGGCACUGUGUAAAAGCAAAGACAAAGAGAUGGACAAGAGACGUCUGGCCAAUGGCUGCUUUGGUAAACUGAAUGUAGCAAGAGUGAAUGAAUAUACAAAUGUUAGCCUUUCUUGUUUGAUGAUUCUGAAGUACUACUAUAACAUGGCUUCGGGAUAUGCUAAUCUACGUGUAUGCAUUAGUAUCUAUGGCGGAAGCAGCCUUUAAAUAAGUUGUGAAUUCUUCCUUGCAAUCUCUAGUUUGAUUUGCUUGAUGUCCGACCUUUCUAUACUGAUUUUUCAACUCCCUUCACUUCAUAAGUUUCAGACUUGCAGUAAUUAAGAAGCUUUGUUCGGUUCUAUACUUAUUGUUGGUAGUGCCUUAGAUUGUUAGUCCUUUCUUUUGCAGUUUUGCUUUAUUGAAACACUCUAAUAUGUCUUCAGCAGAUCAGGUGAUCAUUUUGUAGUCCCCUGCACUAUCUGUGUUUCCCGAGUCGUUUUCUUCUUCUUCCCGACCCGAGAUCAGCUUCAAUGGCGUGCUCAAGUAAGUUCUUUACUCCUUUACUUUCAAUUUUUGUAUUGCAACAAUCAUCUCAUAUCAUCCGUCUUUUUUCGUGUAUCAGUCACUGGCGAGGAACUUGCUCAGGCCGUAGCAAACCGUAAAAACGGAUUGCUUUAAGAGAAGAGUGUGAUUGAGAAAUACAUCAGCUUAGGUUUUCUUUAUCCUUCUCCUCACUAUUGCCUUAUUAGAGGGAUAGGGUUAUCGCCUCCUUCUCGUUUUUGUUUGCCUUUGAGAUACCCUUUCCUUUUUGUCUGCCUUAUGUAGCUAGGUUUCAUUGAAGUUUUGCCUGCCUUUGAGAGAAUCCAUUAUUGGCUAGUUUUUGCUACCUUUUUACUUCUUGGGAUCAUAAAUUACAAAUAACUGUUCUGUUGUUAAGAAAAGUGUUCAUUGAGACUCUUAUCUGUUCUUCCAUUUAUUCUUUAUAUUCUUAUUUGUCCAGGAUACUGGAGUUUGUCCUGUUUCUAGUACACCAGUUACAGCUGAAGAUCUAGUACCAUUAGGAAUGGGCAAGAUAAAGGUGCAGGCUAAGCUACCCCACCUGGAUCCGCGGUUGGCAGAUCCGGCUGUCUAUCAAGUCUUAAAAGAAUUGCUUUCAGAUUCCACUACUAAUCAGUUCUUGGAACUUCAGAUGUCUAUUCAUCUGCAUAAGUUUCUGGGAAGUAUUCUUGAGCGAAAGUUGGUUUUGGCUGGGCUGGGUAGCAGUUAUUCUAGCAUGUCGGUCUUGCGUGAUCCCUCGGCUAUAUUGCAGGUUGCCAUCAAAUCUGUUGAAACAAGUUUAAAGCCACUGAAGCAGCUUGCAAAAGCUAUCAAAGUACAUCAGAAUGGAGAAGGUAACAGAUCCUUCGAAAGGGCGGCCAUGGAAGGACUUGAUUUUUGAUGGGCUGCGCAAUACUCAAACUAAAUUGGAAGUGGAAACACCUGAAACGUUCCAAAGGAAAGUAUGCUGAGAGAGUUGCAGCUUUGGUUCGAAAGGAAGUACAGGGGGUUGUUUCGUCGGAGUUGCAGUAGCCCUUGAGCUUGACGACGAACCAGCAAAGAAAGAAGUUGCCACCUAAACGGGCAUUAAGGAGUCCCAUAGUUGGACUCACCAACUUAGGGAACUCAUGCUUCUUGAACGUGAUAUUGCAAUGUUUGUCAAACUGCUAUCCUAUAACGAGCGUUGUUGAUGAUAUGCAUUAGAUAGGAGGAUGUGGUGAUGAUGCGUGUCUGGUUAAGGCACUACAGAGUCAUUUUCGAGAUUGCAAGGAUUCUUCCGGAGCUGCGAUACGUCCUCUGUGGUUUUUUGAAAAACUUGAUGGUAUCUUUUUGCUUCUUUUCUUAUUUCUAUUAUGAUGAAUUCUAUGUUCUACUUCUAUAUGUUGCUUAUAGAAAUAAGAAACCACAGAGGACGUAUAGCAGCUCCGGAAGAAUCAUUGCAAUCUCGAAAAUGACUUUGUAGUGCCUUAACCAGACACGCAUCAUCACCACAUCCUCCUAUGCAAUGCAUAUCAUCAACAACGCUCGUUAUAGGAUAGCAGUUUGACAAACAUUGCAAUAUCACGUUCAAGAAGCAUGAGUUCCCUAAGUUGGUGAGUCUAACUAUGAGACUCCUUAAUGCCCGUUUAGGUGGCAACUUCUUCCUUUGCUGGUUCGUCGUCAAGCUCAAGGGUUGCUGCAACUCCGACGAAACAGCCCCAUGUACUUCCUUUCGAACCAAAGCUGCAACUCUCUCAGCAUACUUUCUUUUGGGGGAAUGUUUCAGGUGUUUUCACUUCCAUUUAGUUGAGUAUGUUGGAACAAGCUAGUCAAAGAUCACUUGAGAAGGAAAGAAGAUCAGGAGCAAACAUGGAAAGGAGGAAAAUAAGAGGAGAGAUCAGAUUUGGUACAACAAUGCAAAUCAAAUCAGAAGAUGAACUCUCAAGCAAAUUAUCACUAAUAAGGGAAGGAAUUUGAAUUAGCAACGGCUACAUUGCAGCCUAUAAAGGUGAUUUGAAGGAAGAGCAAUGGUCACCUUUUCGGAGAUCAACAAAGUUAGCUAAGACAAAAGGGGAUUUUGUGAGAGAGUGGCAAGGUUGAUAGAAAAGGGGGUUUCUCGAAGGGUUCGGGGAGAAUUGCUUUGAGGCUUAGUGUUGGGGAAACACUGUUACGAGUUGCUGGGGAAGCAAUUCGGGGUUUGAGAAGAGUGUUUGAUCAAUUGGGUUGAGAUUGAUCAAAGGGCUCUUGGGUAGAUAGACUUACAUCGAACUUCAACGUAAUAUCUUUAGUGAAUCGUCGGAGUUCACACAACAGUGAGUCUCCGACCGUGGAGUAGUCAGUAUUGGGAUCCUCUUUCUCCCAAUACUGGAAACCACGUAAAAAUCGCGUGCUGAGUUUGUAUUCUGCUUUCCAUUUUCCAGUCUGUACGUGCCUCUACUUGUAUUUUGUUCCAGGUCUGAUUGUGCAGCGGAAUUAGUUCCACGAGCAGCUAGGGAAGGCGACGUCCCUGGACAUAGUUGAGGAACUCGUUGAAUCUGGGUUUGGCUUGACUAAUUUCAUUCUUGCCUGGGUUUAUAUUGCUGUGCUAUUGUUCUUACUCUGUUCUUCAUUCAAAAAGGAAGCAGGUCCCUUUCUGAUCGAAGACACUCAAGCGGGAAAGGAAGAUUUGGUUUGAGUUAAUACAUUGUCCUUUUAGGGUUCUUUAAUCAGAAGACUGACCGGGUAUAAAGUCUCGCGCUCGACGCAACCAACAGAGUAUUGCGCAGGAGAGGGGGGACUUCUGUCCCCAAUGAUUUUGAAGAUUACAUGUAUAAUAUCUAAAAUUAACUACUUUUAUAUAUGUACUUAUAUUUAGUUUUCUAUAAACUCAUGAUUUUAUC